UUACGCGUUGAAGUUUAGAAAUCCCCCUCUCUAUCCUUUUGCCCUUUAAUUAUCUCUCUCUCAAAGAAGAGAGGUGAGGGAAGAAGAAGAAGAAGAAAAAACCAUUUCUGCAAGGUGGGUUUCAGCCAUUCUCUGAAGAAAGGAAUCUAAAGUGAAACCCACCAAGGGGAUUUUAGGUUCCUUAGUAAAAAAUCUACAUAAAUGUUGUAUCUUUGGACUUCCCCCAUUUUGGUUUAACGAGGAGUUGUGUUUUUUGGGUUCUUCAUAAGACUAUUCAAGUGAUUGACUAGUGAAUGUGAAGAAUUUCACUUUGUUUCAAGUUUAAUGGCUACUAGAGGACGGCUUAUUGCGGGUUCACACAACCGGAAUGAGUUUGUUCUUAUCAAUGCUGAAGAGAUUGGAAGAGUAACUUCUGUGAAGGAAUUAAGUGGACAGAUUUGCCAGAUUUGUGGUGAUGAGAUCGAAAUUACGGUUGAUGGAGAACCGUUUGUUGCUUGCAAUGAAUGUGCAUUUCCAGUUUGUAGACCUUGUUAUGAAUACGAAAGGAGAGAAGGAAAUCAAGCUUGCCCUCAAUGUAAAACCAGAUUCAAGCGCAUUAAGGGUAGCCCUAGAGUUGAUGGGGAUGAAGAAGAAGAUGAAUUUGAUGAUUUGGGUAAUGAAUUUGAAGAUCAUCAAUAUGCUGCAGAUUCAAAUCUAUCUUCUCACCACCAUAAUUCCGGUCGUGUGGGUGCUCACAACUACUCCUCAAGAAUCACCACCCCUUCAGAAUUCGAUUCUGCUUCUGUUAAUCCAGAAAUCCCUCUUCUAACCUACGGGGAUGAGGAUUCUGUUAUUUCAGCUGAUCAACAUGCUCUUAUAGUCCCACCGUUUAUGGGAGGUGGGGGAAAACGUGUUCAUCCAGUUUCAUUUCCAGAUUCCUCUUCAAUGUCGGCAGUUCCUCCUCGUCCCAUGGAUCCGAAAAAGGAUUUGGCUGUUUAUGGAUAUGGUAGUGUUGCUUGGAAGGAUAGAAUGGAAGAGUGGAAGAAGAAGCAGAAUGGAAAACUUCAGAUGGUUAAGCAUGAAGGAAUGAUCAAUCCUGAAGAAGAUGAGCUUGAUGAUCCUCAUUUACCAAAGAUGGACGAAGGAAGGCAGCCACUUUCAAGGAAAUUACCGAUUCCAUCGAGCAAGAUCAACCCGUAUAGAAUGGUGAUUUUACUUCGUAUGGUCAUUCUCGGGUUGUUCUUCGAUUAUCGUAUUCGUCAUCCCGUUAGAGAUGCAUAUGCUCUUUGGAUGGUAUCAAUUAUUUGCGAAAUAUGGUUUGCUGUUUCGUGGAUUUUCGAUCAAUUUCCUAAAUGGUUCCCAAUCAAACGAGAAACUUACUUGGACAGACUCUCGCUAAGGUACGAGAAAGAAGGGAAACCGUCAGAAUUGGCUCCUAUCGAUGUAUUCGUUAGUACAGUCGAUCCCAUGAAAGAGCCGCCUCUCAUUACUGCAAACACGGUUCUUUCGAUCCUAGCUGUUGAUUAUCCUGUUGAUAAAGUAGCUUGCUAUGUAUCCGAUGAUGGUGCAGCCAUGUUGACAUUUGAAGCGCUCUCGGAAACCUCGGAAUUCGCUAGGAAAUGGGUCCCGUUCUGUAAGAAGUUUAGCAUUGAGCCUCGUGCUCCCGAGUGGUAUUUUGCUCAGAAACUCGACUAUCUCAAGGAUAAAGUUCACCCUGCAUUUGUUCGUGAACGACGCUCGAUGAAGAGAGAAUACGAAGAGUUUAAGAUUCGAAUCAAUAGCUUGGUUGCCAUGGCUCAGAAGGUUCCGGAAGAUGGUUGGACAAUGCAGGAUGGUACUCCAUGGCCGGGAAACAAUGUUCGAGAUCAUCCCGGAAUGAUACAGGUGUUUCUCGGGCACAAUGGUGUUCGUGACGUUGAAGGAAACGAAUUGCCCCAACUUAUUUACGUUUCCCGUGAAAAAAGGCCAGGAUUUGAUCACCAUAAGAAAGCCGGAGCCAUGAAUGCCCUUAUACGAGUAUCGGCUGUCAUAUCAAACGCACCUUAUGUGCUGAAUGUGGAUUGUGAUCACUAUAUCAACAACAGCAAAGCGUUAAGGGAAUCCAUGUGUUUCAUGAUGGAUCCAACCUCCGGAAAGAAGAUAUGUUACGUUCAGUUUCCUCAACGAUUCGACGGCAUUGAUCGUCACGAUCGAUACUCUAAUCGCAACGUCGUGUUCUUCGAUAUUAACAUGAAAGGGCUGGAUGGGAUUCAAGGGCCAAUUUAUGUUGGAACUGGUUGUGUCUUUCGGAGACAAGCACUUUAUGGCUACGAUGCUCCUAAGAAGAAGAAGCCACCGGCAAGGUCUUGCAAUUGUUUGCCCAAGUGGUGCUGCUGCUGCUUGUCUAGUCUUAGAAGGAAGGGUAAAAAAGGGAAAACGGGUGAUGUUAAGAAGACAACGUCAACGACUACGACGGCGAUGAUAACUGCGAAGAGCAAGGAUUCUUCGACGCAGAUUCAUGCGAUUGAAAAUAUCGAGGGAAGCGAUAAAGGGAUUGAUAAUAUUGAGAAGGCACCUCUAGUUCCUUGGAUAAAACUAGAGAAAAAAUUUGGACAAUCACCCGUUUUCAUUGCGUCGGCGCUUCUCGAGGAAGGCGGAGUUCCGACUGGAAAGUCUUCGGCUUCACUCUUGAAAGAAGCUAUACAUGUUAUUAGUUGUGGUUACGAGGAUAAAACAGAAUGGGGCAAAGAGGUUGGUUGGAUUUAUGGUUCGGUUACUGAGGAUAUUUUAACGGGAUUCAAGAUGCAUUGCCACGGUUGGCGAUCUGUUUACUGUAUGCCUAAAAGGCCUGCUUUUAAAGGAUCCGCUCCAAUCAAUCUUUCGGAUCGUCUCCAUCAAGUUCUUCGAUGGGCUCUCGGAUCUGUUGAAAUUUUACUAAGUAGGCAUUGUCCUAUAUGGUACGGGUAUGGAUGUGGAUUGAAACCGCUUGAACGGUUUUCAUAUGUCAACUCAAUUGUCUAUCCUUUGACGUCUGUUCCUUUGCUCGCAUAUUGUACCUUACCCGCUGUCUGUCUCCUCACCGGCAAGUUCAUCGUUCCUGAGAUUAGUAACUACGCCAGUAUUAUAUUCAUGGCCAUGUUUAUAUCAAUUGCUGUGACUGGCAUAAUGGAGAUGCAAUGGGGAGGUGUGACAAUCGACGAUUGGUGGAGGAACGAGCAGUUCUGGGUUAUUGGUGGUGUCUCUUCACAUCUUUUCGCGUUAUUUCAAGGUCUACUAAAGGUUCUUGCUGGAGUCAACACGAACUUUACAGUUACAUCAAAAGGAGGUGACGAUGGGGAAUUCUCAGAGCUUUACCUCUUUAAAUGGACAACAUUGUUGAUCCCACCUAUGACUUUGUUGAUCAUAAACAUUGUCGGAGUUGUGGUUGGGGUGUCGGAUGCAAUCAAUAACGGGUACGAAUCAUGGGGACCACUAUUCGGGAGAUUGUUCUUUGCUUUGUGGGUUAUCGUCCAUCUUUACCCCUUCUUAAAGGGGUGGAUGGGUAAACAGAAUAAGAUUCCAACCAUUAUUAUCGUGUGGUCAAUCCUUUUGGCAUCUAUCUUAACCUUAUUGUGGGUUAGGAUUAAUCCGUUUGUAUCGAGAGAUGGUCUUGUACUUGAAGUAUGUGGGAUGAAUUGUGACUGAAGACCGACGAUACUACGAUGAGAAAAAGAUUUGGUUUUUGGUGGAUGCUUCGGGUGUGUAUGGUUGACACGCAGUGUAGAUAAAAAAAGGAGGAAACAUUUAUAUUUGUUCUGCAAAGUUUUUUAUUUUUUUUGGUUUGAUUCUUUGGAAUAGUUUGUGAGUGGUUUUGAGAUAGAGACAAUUUUCUUCUUAGACAUUUGUUCCCUUGUCUCAAUAAGUUAAAGGGAUGAAUGUGUUGUACUUGUUCAAGUUGUUCUUUGUUAUUUAUAUCUAUCAAUCAAUCCAUUUCAAUGGAAUGUUUAAUGGUCAA